AUGCCGUCUUCAAAGGUUGAAAGCCCUGUACAGUUAAAUGACCUCUUUGAUCGGUCUAAACAUACCACUGUGAAGCCCGAAUUGUUAGAAUCAAGUCAACCAGGUUCGCGUCCACCUGUACCGGCGCGAAAUGACGUCAGCGAUUACCUUUCAAAGCGCUGUAAUAUUCUUGCCGAGGAAGAAAAUCCUUUCGAUUCACAAUUUGGAGGUGGUCCUACGAAGUUUGAAGGGAACAAUGCUCCAGGUGUGAACAACCUUCUACCUUUACCUUCUUUCCAUGCUUUACAAUCUGGGUCUGGGGGUGCUUUCAAUAAGGAUGGAUUACGGCAGGGUCCAUUGAGUCCCAACAUGCUCGCCGGUCCAAAAAAGCCUGCCUCCGAUUACUUCUCGGGAGAACAUGGUAUGGGUAUCAAUAUGGGUAUCAAUGAUGGACCGAGAGUGUUCACCCCUCAAGAAUCAGCUUUGAGGCAUCAGAGUCUACCGUCUGCCUCGGCUGCUCUGAGUCCUGGGAAUCCCCUUAUGUUUCCAACAUCACUUCUCAUUCCAGCCAUGCCAAGUCCAGGAAUCUUCGGGGGGAGUGUUGUCGCAACACCUGGAACGGCCGAAUUUCAGCGUACUGCUACUGAAAUUCGUGAGCGUCAACUUGCUACUAUCGCCCAAAACAAUAGAGCUUCUAUGCAAAGCAUUACUUCUCAACCUCAGGAGAUGAACGAAGAUGAUCAUCAUGACCUGGUUGACUUUAAUGAUGACAAUCAAUCCAAUGCAGCCACGAGUCUCUUUUUAUUGGCUAAUUCAGGGUCAUCUCGCGAUUCUUCACCCCACUACAAUAACAUCGCCUUGGGCCAACCACGACAAUCACUACAAGCGCAAGCCAUCACGACGCAGCAACAAGUAUUACAACGAAACCAACAAAUCUUGAAUCAACAGAUGAGUCAGCAGAUGAACUCUGUGCAAGGGCAUGGUCAGAUGGCUGAUCAAAUUGCUGGUCAAUCAAAUAACUCUUCCUCGAUGAAUGGUCAUUCGACGAACCAAAGGACUAGGAAUACUUCCAUAAACUCAAACUCAACGGAUCCUGAGAGUAACGGUUAUGAAAACGACAUGAAUGGACAUGGUGUUCAGACUACAACCGGCAAUAAGAGGGCAAGCACAAAACGAAAAGGCAAUGCUUCCAAACCUUCGCCAAAGAACAAUAAAAAGUCAAAAGGGAACAAUGCAGCUGCUCAUCAGAAGCAAGAGGAAUUGAAGCAUGAAGAAUUCACAAAUGAAGAUUUAGACAACAUGGAGGAUCAAGAUCUAGCUGAUUUCGAAGAGAAUGAAGAGAGAAAUGACAAGGGUAAAUCCAAAAAACCCGAAACAGAUGACGAGAAACGCAAGAGCUUUCUUGAACGAAACAGAGUUGCUGCCCUUAAAUGUAGACAGCGGAAGAAGCAAUGGCUCAACAAUUUACAAGCCAAAGUUGAUACGUACACCAAUGAGAAUGAGCACCUCCAACAGAAAGUUCAAUCGAUGGAAAAUGAAAUUCACCAAUUGAGAACAAUGCUGAUGGCUCAUAAAGAUACUCCUCUUGGUCAACAACAAGGUCUUCCGGCAUAUGUAAUGCCUCCACUUUACGAAGAUCAACCACAUAUACAUCAAGCUCAGAAUCCAUAUGGUAUGGCAGGAAUGCAUUCAUCUCAAAGUCCCAACAUGUAA